GGGGCGCCUCCGGUGGACGGUGGCGACGCCGGGCGGGGAGGCAGUGCCUGCCCGGGGACCGUCGGGGAACGGCGGGAGCGCGGGCCAGCGGCGGCGGCGGCGGGCCGGGACGCAGGCGGAGCCCCGCGCCGGCCCAAGGUCCCGGCUAUGGCCGCGGCUACCAUCGUGCACGACACGUCUGAGGCCGUGGAGCUGUGCCCCUCCUACGGCCUGUACCUGAAGCCCAUCACCAAGAUGACCAUCAGCGUGGCCCUGCCGCAGCUGAAGCAGCCGGGCAAGUCCAUCUCCAACUGGGAGGUGAUGGAGCGGCUCAAGGGCAUGGUGCAGCACCACCAGUUCUCGACGCUGCGCAUCUCCAAGAGCACCAUGGACUUCAUCCGCUUCGAGGGCGAGGUGGAGAACCGCAGCCUGGUGCGGUCCUUCCUGGCCUGCCUGGACGGCAAGACCAUCAAGCUCAGCGGCUUCUCGGACAUCCUCAAGGUGCGCGCCGCCGAGUUCAAGAUCGACUUCCCCACGCGCCACGACUGGGACUCCUUCUUCCGCGACGCCAAGGACAUGAACGAGACGCUGCCCGGGGAGCGGCCGGACACCAUCCACCUGGAGGGGCUGCCCUGCAAGUGGUUCGCGCAGAAGGAGUCGGGCUCGGAGAAGCCCAGCGAGGAGGUGCUGGUGCAGGUGUUCGAGAAGUUCGGGGAGAUCCGCAACGUGGACAUCCCCAUGCUGGACCCCUACCGGGAGGAGAUGACCGGCCGGAACUUCCACACCUUCAGCUUCGGGGGCCACCUCAACUUCGAGGCCUACGUGCAGUACCGCGAGUACGUGGGCUUCAUCCAGGCCAUGAGCGCGCUGCGCGGCAUGAAGCUCAUGUUCAAGGGCGACGACGGCAAGGCCGUGGCCUGCAGCAUCAAGGUGUCCUUCGACUCCACCAAGCACCUGAGCGACGCCUCCAUCAAGAAGCGGCAGCUGGAGCGGCAGAAGCUGCAGGAGCUGGAGCGGCAGCGCGAGGCGCAGAAGCGCCGCGAGAAGGAGGCGGAGGAGCGGCAGCGCGCCGAGGAGAGGGGCCUUGCGAUGCCCCCGCCCAGCCUUGUGGAGGAGCCCCGUGGGCGGAGGCGACAACACCGGGGGAGGGCGGCCGCAGUGCGCUUGGGCCAGCUGUCUUUGGUGGAGCUGGAGUUGAGUGACAGGAAGCAGAAGGCGCUGGAGGAGCUGGAGCGCGAGCGCAAGCGGGAGGAGAAGCUGCGCAGGCGCGAGCAGAAGCAGCGGGAGCGGGAGUCGCGGCGCAGCCAGAGGAAGCUGCAGAAGCUGCAGGCCGAGGAGCAGCGGCAGCUGCACCAGAAGAUCCGCCUGGAGGAGCGCAGGCUGCUGCUGGCGCAGCGCAACCUGCAGUCGCUGCGCCUGGUCGCCGAGCUGCUGAGCAGGGCCAAGCGGUGUCAGCUCCCCGGGAGGCAGCCUGGCCACAGCGCUGAGACUCGGGCGGCUCGGCCCGUCCACGGCCGCCAAGCUGCAGGAGGCCGAGCAGCAGGAGGAGCGGCGGCGGCGGCAGCAGCAGGAGGAGCGGCGGCGGCUACAGGAGGCCGAGCUGCGGCGCGUGGAGGAGGAGAAGCAGCGCGCGCUCGGCCUGCAGCGCCGGGAGCGGGAGUUGCGCGGGCGCCUGCUCAGCCUCCUGCUCAGCCGCCAGGCGGACGACGCGCGGCCGCGCGAGGACCUGCUGCAGCCCGUGCUGGACAUCCUGCAGACCGUGUCCUCCGGCGGCGUGGGCGCCGCCUCGCUGCACCCGCUCCGGGGCCAGCCGGCCCCCGGGACCCCCAAGGAGACCCCGCCGCGCCCCGAGGCCGACGGCGCCCCCCGGAGCGUGAACGGGAACAGCGCCGAGGAGACCGCGGGCCCAGAGGGCGGCUCGCCCGAGAAGAGGGGCGCCGGCGGGCUCUCCUGCCUCCCCGACCACGCGCAGCCGCCCAGGGGCGCCCCCGCCGGCAGCGAGCAGAGCCUGGCCAAGAGGGAGGCGCGCUCCGAGCAGGACAAGUGCAACCGCCAGCCCAGCCGGGGCCGCGGCCGGGCCAGCCGCGAGGGCAGCGCCGAGGACCGCCGCGCGCGCGAGAGGAGCCGGGCCCGGCGCCCGGGCAGCCGCGAGGACGGGCGGCCGCGCCAGGAGCGGCGCUCCCACAAGAAGCACAAGGACCAGGACCAGGACCAGGACGGCAGCCCGCGGCGCAGCGCCAGCCCGCGGAGGUCGCACAGCCAGGACCAGCGUGGCCGCAGGGAGCGCAGCCGGCAGCGCCGGGGCAGCGCCAGCCGGAAGCGCAGCCGCCACCGCCGCCGCAGCCCGCACUCCCGCCCGCGCUCGCCCAGCAGGCAGCGCAGCGCCUGGAGCAGGUGAUGAAGGGCAGCGCCGGGCCAGGGGCCAGGGGCCAGGGGCCAGGGGCCAGGGCCCGCCCGCUCCGCGCUCUCCGCCCGCCCGCCCGCGCGCCCGGCACCGCCACGCUGUCUCCCGCGGCCGCCACCUGUCCACCCGCCGGAAGACGGUGCCGGGUCCCUCUCCAGUCUCCACGGCCCAGCUGGCCAGUCCGGCCGCGUCGGCCCGCGCCACGAGCUUGACUUCUCCUCUGAAACUGCUGACCGAUAGCUUUAAUGUCGCCUGCCUCGGAAUCGGGAGAGGCGCCCAGACCCGCGGAAAGACGGGCCGCCGCACCAGCCUGUCCUGCCUGAGGCCGGGACCCUCCAGACCCCAGCGGGGCGUCCGCCUCCCGCAGGCAGCGAGCAGGGAGGGCCCAGGGGCUGGGUUUCCUCCUGUCCUAACUGACCCAUCCGGAAUGGCAGCCGGGGAUGGCCAGCCACCGAGGUGACGGCCAGGAGCCAGGGUCCCCGGCCCGGGGCGAUGCCCCUUGACUUCAGACCCGCCCCGUUUUGUCCCCGGGCGGUGAAGCCCGAGUGGGUUACAGGCUUUGGUUCUAGGAGGGGUCAGCGGUGGUUUUCCUAAGAAGCCGUUUUGCUAAAUUAUUUUUACCUGGAAUGUGCCCGACAGUCACGGCCCCAGCGUCCCGGCCCGACGCUGCGUUUUCUACCGUGUCCUCAGACGGAGACGCGCAGACACUUGGCAGCUGGCCGCCCCUGAGGAGGACGUGUUCACUGCAGUUUGCCUUUUUACGGUGAAAUAAACCUUUUCCACGAA